CUGGCGACACUCGCCAUUCUAGCCCUCAGCUUCACCGCGGUGGAUGCCAGCCCUGAACUGAUGAACAAGCUCGUCAAAGAAUACAGAGACAACACUAAGGAACGCCUCCCACAAAAUGGUUCCUGUACAGCCGACAAACUUGCCGUCCGCAAAGAAUGGGGUGAUCUAAACAACCAGACUCGUCUAGACUACAUCGGAGCCGUCAAAUGCCUCCACACUCUACCCUCGAAGAUCGAUCCCGCCAAGGCCCCCGGCGCGCGUUCGCGAUUCGACGACUUCGAAGCGGCACACAUCAUCAACACCCCUUUGAUCCAUGCCACUGGGCUCUUCUUCUCCUGGCACCGGCACUUCGUGCGGCUCUUCGAAACCGCCCUCCGCGAGGAAUGCGGCUACUCCGGAUACCAGCCGUACUGGGACUGGUCCCGGUACGCCGAGCUCCCGCUCAAGUCCAAUCCGCUGUACGAUGGCUCGGCGACAUCGAUUUCGGGCAAUGGGAGGUACAUCCCCGACCGCAAUGGAACGUUCCAGCCUCUGCCGAUCCCCGGCGAUAACCCACCGGGCCUGUAUACGCCUCCCGGCACGGGCGGCGGGUACAUCUUCGAGGGCCCAUUUGUGGACUGGGAGCUGCAUCUCGGGCCCGUCGUGCAGAUGCCUGUGCGCAACGGGCUGCCCGUCAACCCGAAUCCCCGCGCCGAUGGCCUCGGGUACAAUCCUCGCCACAUCAUCCGUGACUUCAACAAUAGUCUGCUCCUCCAGGGCUCUACCUACUCGGCGUUGACAUCAAUGCUUGUUAACAGGACAAGCAUCCACGCCUUCCAGCCCUCUUUCUUCGGCGGCCCGCAUCUCGCCGGCCACUCCUUCAUCUCCGGCAUCGACAACGACCUCUUCACCUCGCCCGGCGAUCCGCUCUUCUGGUUCCACCACGCGCAGGUGGACCGCCUAUAUUCCAUCUGGCAGGCGCUGGACUUCCCCACAAGGGAGUAUGCCUUGGAUGGCACCCUGACGCUUAGAAACACACCGCCUAGUCGGAACGCGACUCUGAAUGAUACUAUGCACUUUGAGUUCGAGCCGGAUAUUAUGAUUAGGGAUGCGAUGAGUCCGACGAAGGAUGGGAAUUGUUAUAUCUAUGAGUGAAUAAAUGAGGAGUGGUGUGGGGAGAGUGUAGGAUUUACUGCGCCGCAGGAGCUGUGUGAUAAGAGGAGUGUAUAUUUUGUAAGUUAUCUUGUUGCUUUGGGAGUUGGACAUUGUCGGAAGGAAGCGCAUUGUAUCCAUGGAGUUUUGUUUUUGGGAUUCGGGGUUGCGGCGUCUGUUAUAGUACCUGUAGUUUAUGUAUAUUUGCUGUACUUGAAACUGUUUGCCC